CCUAUAUUGUUGCAGUGAAAGAAAUAAUAACCGCGGACGCCAAGUACUGCACGUUUUCAUUCAAGAUGGGGCCCAUGCCUGCGACCUACACUUCUGUCCCCACGGUGUGCUAUGAUAUCCUCCUACUUAUUCUCGCGGUUGCCAAACUCGUAAAACACCUCAAAGAACGGAGGAAUGUCAACAUGAAGCCUAACACGUCUAUAUUAAUGAUCGUUCAGUAUCAUAUUGUGUACUUUGUGCUGAACUUGACAAACCAAAUAUUUUGGGUAAUAUUAUGGGCUGGCAUUCCGGUAUGGUACUUACUUACGAAAUUCUACAGAGAUCAGCUCACGCCACCUUUUACACAUUCACAGACUCCGGCGAUGAGUAUCUCAGAGCUCUUCAACGAUACCGUGCCAUAUAUUCUCGCGCCGCGUCUUAUCAUCAGUAUUUGGGAUACCCACGCCCAUGACGAGUGCGUAUAUAUCAGCCGAACGUUUGAGGAUUGUGGAUGUUGGACUUCGCCCAUAGUGUUCGAGGAGCGUGAGAUGGAAUUUACGAUGGAGUCUGAGAUGGAUUCUUUCGUCGUAUGAUUUUGGCGUACUGCCUGUGGUGGAGUCACUUCAGAUGAGCUUUAUUACCGACAUAGGCAAUAUAUGUAGCCUGG